AUCUUCUUCUUCUUCUUCUUAGCUUCCCCACCCCACCAUCCCUCCCGUCGGACCCCUACCCUAUAUAGAUUGACUUUAAAUUAAAUCUAAUCCUACUCUACUACACUACAUCCUCCCCAGUAGUAUAUAUUCAUUUCUCGUACAACCUACGAAAAAACUUAGCACAUUAUUAUGCUCUUCUAAUGUUUUCCAGUUUUUUUCCCCGAUUGAUGAUGAUUUAAUCCUCUGCAUGCAUGUCAUAAGAAGCUUUUGAGGAAUAUAAUCGGGUACGUAGUAGUACCUUAAUAUAUUGCCUCUUAUUCGUUCUAUAAAUAUAUCGAUGGCGCAAUUGCCCCCGCGGGCGCCGCCGAACUUGGCGGCCGCGCCCAUCUGGCAUGACUUUGCGCUGCAGAAGCCGUCGCCGGCGGCGGCGGCGACGGCUUCAGCAGCACCGUCGUGGGUGGACGAGUUCCUCGACUUCUCCUCCGCCAAGCGCGGGUCCCACAGGAGGUCGAUCAGCGACUCCAUAGCGUUCCUGGAGAGCCCGAUGGCGGAGGAGUGCCGGAGGCUGUCCACCCCCGGCGGCGGCGGAAACGAGUUCGACCGGUUCGACGACGAGCAGCUCAUGUCGAUGUUCAACGACGAUGUGGCGGCGGGGUUGACCAGCUCCAACACGUCGUCGCCGACGUCCGACCACAACAGCAUCAACAAUGACGGCGAGGACUGCAGUAAUAAUAGUUUCAUAAAGUUGAUGUCCGGCGGGUAUGAUCGCCGCCGGUGCCAUAUGACGGCGCCGCCGCCGCAGCAGCAGCUGAAGAGCGAGCCGGAGGAGGAGGAGAGCUCGUGGAAGUCCGAGGACCAAGCUGCGGAUAAUAACUCUUCUGAAAAGAUUGUUGAUCCUAAACGAAUUAAGAGGUACAUAAUCAAUUUAGGGACGGAGAAAGUAACACGAAAAGAAUGAAAAGUUUAACGUUGAAAAAUGUUUGAUUAUUUAUUAUUAGGAUAUUGGCGAACAGACAAUCAGCCCAACGAUCGAGGGUGAGGAAAUUGCAGUACAUUUCGGAGCUUGAACGUAGCGUUACCACCCUCCAAGCAGAGGUAUCGGUAUUAUCGCCGAGGGUGGCAUAUCUGGACCACCAAAGACUGGUACUGAACGUGGACAACAGUGUCCUCAAGCAAAGGAUUGCUGCCCUUACUCAGGAUAAACUCUUCAAAGAUGGUCUCCCCUCUCUCUCUCUCUCUUCCUCACCUUUUUCUUUUUUUUUUAAUUUAAAAACAAAUGCUUAUUAGAUGAGUGUUGGAAAAUUUGAUUAGCUAGAGAAGAGAAAAGUGUGUUUAGGAAUAACAAUCAUAAUUAAAUGUACUCGUAAAAUGUAUUUCGAACGUUUACUUAGAUUGAUGAUUGGACCAAAGGAUCGAAAAUGAGAGAGAUUUAACCAACUUUUUUUUCAAGGCUAAACUCUACCAUUUGUCCUUCAACUUUAUCACUUGUGGUCCUUCAAGUUUUUUUAAAGUCCAUAAAUAGUCUUUCAACUUUAUGAGUUAUGCACGAUUGGUCCUCCAAGUUUUAAAAGUCCAUAAGUAGUCCUUCAAGUACAUGUCAGUCUUCUAGAUGAGAUCCUUUUGACAGUAAAUGUUAAAAGCUAAAUUUUAUUUUUUAUUUCUAUACCAAUAUAUAAAUAAAAUGAAUUGAAAAAAAGUUGAUAUUUUACCUCAGGAAUACAAAUGUGACAAAUAUUUAGGAAUGGAGGGAGUACCUAGCUACUUAGUUUUUCCAUGAAUUCAUGUCCAUGUGGACAUGUGGUAGUCCCUGUAUAUGUCUUUAGUCACCUAUGGUCAUGUUUGGUUGUAGGGUGUGAAUUGAAUGACCAGUGGACCAAUUACAAAAAAACUAGAGUAAAAGUUUGUCCCUCCGUCCCUAAAUAUUUGUAACGUUUGUUUUUUCAGCAGUCGCGAGAACUUUUUUUUAUUUCUACAUUUUCAUUGGUUAUUUGAUAAAAUAAAAUAUUCUUGACACAUCUUAUUUCGAAAAACUUUUCAUGUAGUUUUUUUAUAUGUAAAUUUUAUUAUUUAUUUCUAUACCAAUAUGUAAAUAAAAUGAAUUGAAAAAACUUGAUAUUUUGCCUCGAGAAUACAAGUGUGGCAAAUAUUUAGGGACGGAGGAAGUAUAUGCUAUUGGGGAAUCCGUCUUGCAAAAUGUACGUUUUUCCUUUCUUUUUUCGUUUGUCCCAAAAGACCAUUUUCAUUUUUAUUAAAAAAUCAAUUUUAUUCAUAUUAAUUAUUAAUUUACAUAUCAUAUCACACAUUUUUACUAUUAAUCUACACCUCACAUAAUACUUUUAUUUAUCACAUCUAAUGACAUUUUUGAAAAGUCAACACCGAAAUACCCUCCUCACGUUUGUAUUUUGUAACGAUAUUAAUUACUGUGACUAAGAAAAAUAAUGUCAAUAA